GCUGCUUCGAAGGAGGCGCCGAGCACGAGUUCCGGGCGCGCCUUCUUGGUUCUGCUUUGCCCGCAUGUCUUUGCCGAGUUCGGCGGUGAAGUUCCGCAGGAUCCUGGCUCACUUCCCCCAAGACCUCAGCUUAGCCUUCGCUUAUGGGUCCGGGGUCUUCCAGCAGGCGGGGUCUUCCGCCGCCGCAACGGAGAACAAUAUGCUGGAUUUUGUAUUUGCAGUUGAUGAUUCUGCAACGUGGCAUACAAUGAACCUGUCAAAAAAUCGAAAUCAUUAUUCCUUCCUAAAAUAUUUUGGACCCAAGUCAAUAUGCAACAUCCAAAACUAUGGAGCGGGGAUUUACUACAAUACACUGGUGCCUUGUAAUGGUAGGGUUAUAAAAUAUGGCGUCAUAAGUACUGAUGCUUUAAUUGAAGAUUUGUUUCGCUGGAAGACACUCUACGUAGCUGGACGUCUGCAAAAGCCGGUGAAAAUUCUGGCUCAGAAUGAGAAUAUUAAGCUGCAAGAGGCCCUGACCAGUAAUUUAAAGAGUGCUGUCAUGGCAGCCUUUCUCAUGUUGCCUGAAAGUUUCUCUGAAGAAGACCUUUAUAUGAAGAUUGCUGGACUGUCAUACUAUGGUGAUUUCAGAAUGCUCAUUGGAGAAGAUAAAUCAAAGGUUAUGAACAUAGUGAAACCAAACAUGAUACAUUUUCAGAAGCUGUAUAGUCACAUUUUGCAAGAUAGCCCCCAAGUGAUAUACAAGCAUCAGCUGGGCAAGUUAGAGAUAGAUAAAAGUCCAGAAGGUCAGUUUGCACAACUGAUGGCUUUACCAAGCACCCUGCAGCAAAAAAUAACUUCUCUCAAGGAUCCUCCAGGGAAGAACAGAGAUGUGGAAGAAAUUUUAUUACAAGUCGCCCAUGACCCUGACUGUAGAUUUGUGGUACACCAUGGUAUUUCAAGAAUUGUGGGGUUGUCCAGCCUAAUUCAGAGUGCUAAAACUACCCUAACAGCUGGGAUGAAAAAGUCAUUGAUCUACAGCAUGAAGAAGAUGUACAAAAUGUCAAAGGGAUGGCUAAGAACAUCAUGACAUCUGUGAAGCUAAAGCUUUGAAAAACCUGAUCCUCUGGUGACUAAAGGUUCUUCUAGUUCUGUUUUUUGCAUCACCUUUUCUUGGAAGACAAAGUGUAUGGAGAAACUUUGUUGUGCUAUUUAUUUACAGACAGCUUUACAGAGAAGAUAACAGAUUAAAUCUUCUUUUUCUGCUUCCUUGAAGACUAUCUGGAGUGGUUUCCCCCACGCUUGUUAGCAUUUUUCUGACUUUUUCACAGUCAGCUUGUUUUGCAUGUGUUGUACAUGUAUCAUCUUCAAAAUGUCUCUCUUUCCAAGGCCUUAUAUUCUUGAGGUGUUUUUUCUAAUCACAUUUGGGGUAAGAGUUUUGUAGGACUCCUCCUAUUCUUGCACCAUUCACUUCACCAAGAACUUGUAAUGGUCUCGUCGUACAGCUUAAGAAACACUAAAUAGCACUGCGCUGAAUUCUUUUGCUUAUGGCACUCCUACUGUGUAGAGCUACGUAUCAAGUAACUUUGAGAAAGGUCAGACAUGUGUUUUCAAGGCACAGUUGACAUCAGUGUAAUUCACAGCCAAAUAUUGGUGAGUAGGUCAUAUUUCAAAACAAGGUCAGGUUAUUGUUGAGUUGCUGGGAUUAAUAAUAGGGGGUUAUUUAGAUAUAUAAUGAAAGAGUUCUGCCUUGCUGCCAAUUCACAAAAUGCUUUUAAUGUCAGACUGUACAGUCUCCAGGUAGUCCAACCAGGCUCAGUAAUACCUAACUAACAAUGGAUAAAAUCAAGGAACAAUAUUUUCCAUCAGUGUUUAAGGUUGCUUUUCUUCCUCAAUAUCCAAAGCAAUGAACUUCAGCUACUGGAUCAUAAAGGCAAACUGCUAAAUUGGUUUUCUAAAAUUUAAGGCUUGGACUAGGGGCAAUGAAAACCAAGUGCUAGUCCUGCCUUAGGCAUUGAAGCCAACUUUGGGUCACUCUCUCCCUCUUAGCCCUUGGAAGAAGGCAAGGGCAAAACACUUCCAAAAAAUGUUGCCAGGAAAACUGCAGAGACUAGUCCAUUUAGUCACCAGGAGGUGAGACUGACUCAAAGGCACAAGAAGGGUGGGUGAGAGGAAAAAGGGAAAGACAUGCAACUGUCACUUUAUUAAAAGAAGGAUUUGAAUUAUGAAAUUGAUCCUAAACACAACUCCUCAAAGUGAGAAUAUGUAGUGAUUUGGGGUGGGGCGGGGAUAUUUAUUCUCUGUGCCCCAUUCUCCUCCUUGCUUAUGAAAGCUUCUGCAUAUGAAGUGUGAUUUUAUAGUUAAAUCAUUGCAUGGGAUUAGCUAUGGAAGUUGACUAAUAAAAAGGGAAAUGGUAUAAAUUAUGUGGAGGAUAAAACCUUACUUCCAGUAGUGGAGACAUUCUUAGAAAACAUGAGGAAGAGAGUAUUGUUGAACUCAUCUCCUAGUUUGGCUGCUCAGAUACCGUACAUACGGAAACACCCCUCUAGGAACUGAAUGCCUGUUACUAAGACAGACCUUUUACUUGCUGUAUGCGUGCCUACAGAGAGAUGGGAAGGGUUUGCUAUAUGUGCUGUGGCUUCUCCCAAAAGAAAAAGUAAUGGGAGCA